AUGAUAAUUUUAUACAUAAUAGCAUCUUUGGUUGAGAAUUCCUAUUCUAAUUUUUUUGUGUAUACAUUUGGAAAUAGAGAUUUAUUAUUAAAUACAAGUAUAUAUUAAGUUGCUAAUUUUGGAAAUGUUCCAUAUGGAUAACUGAUCCAUGGUUAAUUAUUUUUACCUCCUAUUAAACAAUUUGAUGAUUUUGAUGGAUAAUUUUGUGAUUUAAAUAGCAUCAAUUCUUAUAGUCCGUAUUUUUCAUUUAAGCUUGAUAAAUGGAUAAUUAGCAAAGUAGGAAAUUGUUCAAUUACUUAAAAAGCAAUAAUUGCUUAAAAAAUUUAGGCAAAAUUGCUUAUAAUUUUUGAUGAAAACGCUAAUGAUAAAACUGAAUUAGUUAUAUUUGAUGAUGGAAAUGGAUACUAAAUUUAUAUACCAGUGAUUAUGAUAGGUAAUAAUGAGGCUUAGAAGAUAUAUAAUUAAUUAAAAUAAGAUUAACCUGGAGGUUCAUUAAAUGCUCACAUUCGAUUUGAAUAAAUCUCAAAAACUUAUAAACCAAAGGUUUUAUUUGGAUUAGAUAUUAGUAAUAGAGACACCUUUAAAUUAAUUAAGAAUUUUAAAAAAUAUUAUGAAGAAUUUCAAGAGUUUAUUGAUUUCGAUAUUUUCUAUCAUUUUCUAUAAUGUGCUAAAUGUAAGGAAUUUAAUUAUUCAUAAAAAUAAAUCGAUUGUAUUAAUAAUGGUAGAUAUUGUUAAUUAGACCCAAAUGGUUAUGAAGAUGGUAAUGGCGCAGAUAUUGUUAUGGAAUAAUAUCGCUAAUUAUGCUUAUGGUAAUUAAAUCGUAUGUAUUGGUGGAGAUAUAUGGUAUUUAAAAUAUUUAUCUAAUAGAAUUAUUUUAGUACUCAAUGUAGUAAACCAAACUCAUUUUAAAGUUGCUUCUAAUUUUUUAUAGAUGAAAGCAUUUAAAAUAAUUUAACUGAGUGUCUCUCAUAUAAAAGUGGAAAAAUUGAAUUUUUGGAAAAAUAAUUUAUAGUCUAAAUGAAAUCGGGUAUUGUAUAUUUUCCUGGCUUAACGAUUAAUGGAAAAAUCUUUAGAGGAAAUAUGGAUGUUGAAACUAUUAAGAAUGCACUUUGCUCUGCAUUUAUAGAUUAACAAAAUAUCAGUAUUUGCAAUAAUAAACCAUACUUAAAUGAGGAAUAAAUAUCUUAUAAAUGGUUAAUCAUAUUAGUCUUAAGUAUGACUCUACUAUUUUUAUUGUUCAUGUUUUUUAUUUUUAGAGAAAUGUUGAAAAAUUAAAUGAAAAAACAAAUGAAAGGCCAAAUUGAACAAGCGCUUAAUUAANAUUAAGUUGCUAAUUUUGGAAAUGUUCCAUAUGGAUAACUGAUCCAUGGUUAAUUAUUUUUACCUCCUAUUAAACAAUUUGAUGAUUUUGAUGGAUAAUUUUGUGAUUUAAAUAGCAUCAAUUCUUAUAGUCCGUAUUUUUCAUUUAAGCUUGAUAAAUGGAUAAUUAGCAAAGUAGGAAAUUGUUCAAUUACUUAAAAAGCAAUAAUUGCUUAAAAAAUUUAGGCAAAAUUGCUUAUAAUUUUUGAUGAAAACGCUAAUGAUAAAACUGAAUUAGUUAUAUUUGAUGAUGGAAAUGGAUACUAAAUUUAUAUACCAGUGAUUAUGAUAGGUAAUAAUGAGGCUUAGAAGAUAUAUAAUUAAUUAAAAUAAGAUUAACCUGGAGGUUCAUUAAAUGCUCACAUUCGAUUUGAAUAAAUCUCAAAAACUUAUAAACCAAAGGUUUUAUUUGGAUUAGAUAUUAGUAAUAGAGACACCUUUAAAUUAAUUAAGAAUUUUAAAAAAUAUUAUGAAGAAUUUCAAGAGUUUAUUGAUUUCGAUAUUUUCUAUCAUUUUCUAUAAUGUGCUAAAUGUAAGGAAUUUAAUUAUUCAUAAAAAUAAAUCGAUUGUAUUAAUAAUGGUAGAUAUUGUUAAUUAGACCCAAAUGGUUAUGAAGAUGGUAAUGGCGCAGAUAUUGUUAUGGAAUAAUAUCGCUAAUUAUGCUUAUGGUAAUUAAAUCGUAUGUAUUGGUGGAGAUAUAUGGUAUUUAAAAUAUUUAUCUAAUAGAAUUAUUUUAGUACUCAAUGUAGUAAACCAAACUCAUUUUAAAGUUGCUUCUAAUUUUUUAUAGAUGAAAGCAUUUAAAAUAAUUUAACUGAGUGUCUCUCAUAUAAAAGUGGAAAAAUUGAAUUUUUGGAAAAAUAAUUUAUAGUCUAAAUGAAAUCGGGUAUUGUAUAUUUUCCUGGCUUAACGAUUAAUGGAAAAAUCUUUAGAGGAAAUAUGGAUGUUGAAACUAUUAAGAAUGCACUUUGCUCUGCAUUUAUAGAUUAACAAAAUAUCAGUAUUUGCAAUAAUAAACCAUACUUAAAUGAGGAAUAAAUAUCUUAUAAAUGGUUAAUCAUAUUAGUCUUAAGUAUGACUCUACUAUUUUUAUUGUUCAUGUUUUUUAUUUUUAGAGAAAUGUUGAAAAAUUAAAUGAAAAAACAAAUGAAAGGCCAAAUUGAACAAGCGCUUAAUUAAUACAUUUAAUAUUAUGAAAAUUGA